CAAUCGAGGUUGACCACGAGUACUGUCAACUUGGUCUAUAACCGAGAGAUGUUCUGGAGUAAACGCUGAGGUGUCUUUGCAUCAGAGAUGAGUGGGUUAACGCAGCCGAUACAAAUAUUUCAUACCGUGUCCCUCUUCAUCUUUACUCUUGAUCUCCUUAGCGAUGGUGUGGAGGGAUCAUCCAAUGAGGUUCAGGAACAUCUGGAGAUGGGCAAGAAGCUGCUAGCAGCAGGACAGCUAGCAGACGCACUGUCACACUACCAUGCAGCCGUGGAGGGUGACCCUAGUAACUAUUUGAUAUAUUUCCGAAGAGCUACGGUAUAUCUCGCCCUUGGCAAGUCUAGAUCAGCUUUACCUGACCUUGACAAGGUCAUAGAGCUACGGCCAGAUUUCACAGCUGCCAGGCUACAGAGAGGAAAUGUUUUAUUAAAACAAGGAAAAUUAGAUGAUGCUUUGGAUGAUUAUGAGAGUGUGGCUGAGAAAGACCCCGACAAUGAGGAUGCAGUGAAACAGAUUGAACUGAUCCAACCACUGGAAGAGGAUAUUCAUCAGGCCAAAGAGUUUUAUAAACAUGCUCACUUUAAGGAGGCUAUUGACCUGUUGUCUCGGGCUAUAGAGAUCUGCCCCUGGGACCCGGAGUUACGUGAGAUCCGAGCGGAGUGCUACAUUGCCGAGGGGGAUCUGUUCAAGGCCACCGGAGACAUUCGCCCCACCACCAAACUGAGGCCAGACAAUACCAAGGGAUAUUAUAAACUCAGCAAACUGUACUACAACAUGGGCGAAUCCGAUGAAUCUCUGACGCAAAUCCGUGAGUGCCUUAAGCUGGAUCCUGACCACAAGGAAUGCUUCAGCCACUACAAGAAGGUCAAGAAGCUGGUCAAGCAGAUCGAGGCCGCCCAGACCUACAGCAACGAGGAGAAUUUCGAUGACUGUAUAGACAAGGCCAAGUCUAUGCUCAAGACGGAGCCGAAUGUCCAUCCCUACGUGCUCCGCGCUCACUCACAUCUGUGUCAUUGUCAUUCCAAGGGGGGUCAUGUGAGCGAUGCUUUGAUGAUCUGCGAGGAAGUUCUGGAGUUGGACCCGCAGAACAUUGACGCCCUGGCAGACCGGGCGGAGGCACACAUACUGAACGAAGACUUCCAGGCAGCCAUCAACGACUACCAGGAGGCUGCCGGUAUCGACGAGAACAACCGACGGAUACAGGACGGCCUCAAUAAAGCUCAGAAGAUGCUCAAACAGUCCCAGAAACGGGACUACUAUAAGAUAUUAGGGGUUAAAAGGACGGCCAGAAAGAAGGAGAUACUGAAAGCCUACAGGAAACUGGCAAUGGUGUGGCAUCCGGACAAGUAUCCUGAGGGAGACGAUAAAAAGAAAGCAGAAAAGAAGUUCAUAGAUUUGGCAGCUGCAAAGGAAGUGCUCACUAAUCCAGAAAAGCGGCAGCGUUACGACAAUGGGGAAGACCCCCUGGACCCAGAGGAGCAGCAUCAGCAAGGAAAUCCAUUCUUCCAUCAGGGAUUUAAUCCAUUCGGAGGCGGCGGCGGAGGAGGAGGCGGCUAUUCUUUCAAAUUCCAUUUCAAUUGACCCCCAAAGAGGCCUAGAUGCUAUUUUAUGCUCGACAUUGUAAAUUAUACAUUGGCCAUUUGUAUAUUCUCCAUUCUCAUGGUUGCCAUAGAAACAUGGGGGAAAGAACUAAAUUGUAUGCAGGGUAAAAAACUCACUUACUUGGUUAUUAGGUGAACCGAAAAGGUUUUGUGAGAAGGGGAAAGUUUCCUUCAACUAUAUUUCACAACAAGAUCAAUCAACGAAAUAAGAAGUGACAGGCUAAUCCAGUAACAAAGGGCCUCAACCGGGAGAUUUUCUGGUUCAAAAUGUGGUGCAAUUUGUUGUUUCACUGACAAAUUCCCCAUUAAUAUUAAUCAUAUCAUAAAUAUGAUACUAUCACCAAGAUUUUUUUUUUUUUUAAAGUGGGCUGCAUAACCAAUGACUGAAUAAUCAAUUUGUUGAGUAUUGAUUGGACAACAGGUUGUUCUACAAUGUGAUAUUGGUUGCACUUGCAGUAAAUGACAAAUGAGUUUGGACACGAAGCCCCGCGCUCAUUGGCAGCCUCAAAGUGGUAGUUGUGUAAGAUUGGCAUCACUUUGGGCUGUCCCCCCUCUUUAGGCUGACACUGUGACAUUACAGCUGUUUAGUCUGUAUUAACCCACACGUGUAUAUUUCUGAAAAAUACACCACAAACUUGUGCGUAAAAAAAUAGAAAAAAAUGUCAAGUUGUUUUGGCAAUACCAGUAUGAAGCAAUACAAAGGUUGCUAAGCAACAGUCUUUCUCGCCAUGUUUCUGACAAUGGCAAGGUCUCAAAUCCCUGUAUAUAUAUAAGCAUGGAAGGAAAUGUGUGGAUUGAAUGGUUGAGAACACGGAGCUGUAUUUAUUUUCAAAUCUGUUGGAUAUGUGAAUCACUUGAAAUAACAUGUUUUCUCUGGUGCAAUUCUAAUUGUUGCUGAUUUCUGUGUGGUGAAUGAUAUAUUUGUGAGUUGUGUGCUUUCAUGCAGAUUUUUGUGCGUAUUAAGCAAGUAUU